AAAAGCAGGAGCGACGGAGUGGGCGGCGGGAGCGCCGGUGACGCGCGCGGCAUUCCCGGGGGUUCCCGGGCUCGGCGGGCCCCAUGGCUAGCUUCCCCGCCCGUGGCGGCGGCGGCGUCCCCCCGCCGCUGCUGCUGCUGCUGCUGCGGCGCGCUCGCGGCUGCUCCUCGCAGUGGGCUCUGGCCGCGGCCCGCUGCCCGCUGCCGGGGCGUCCGCGCUGCUGCAGCGGAGCUCCCGCCGCCGCCUCCGGGCCGCCGCCGUCCCCGGGCCGGGCAGCGCGGCUCGCGCGGCUGCUGGGGCUCCGCGCCGCGCUCCCGGGCAGCCGCAGGUGCAGGACGACCGGCGCGAGGGACGGGCCAGCGCCGAGAGCCGCGGCUGCCCUGGUCGGGGGCGAGGGCUCGGCGACUGUCGCGGCGGGAAGCGGCGGCGGCGGCGGCGGCGUCCGCGACAACUCUCCCCCGCAGCCCGUCGGCCGCUCGGAGGCCGGGAAGCUCCUGGGCUUGGCGUAUCCCGAACGCUGGAGGUUAACAGCUGCAGUGGGAUUCCUUACAGUGUCCAGCGUCGUUACCAUGUCGGCUCCUUUUUUCCUGGGAAAGAUUAUCGAUGUCAUUUAUACAAACCCUACUGGGGACUAUGUAAACAACCUAACUCACCUCUGCAUCCUUCUGAGUGGAGUGUUUUUGUGUGGUGCUGCUGCUAACUCGGUUCGUGUCUACCUCAUGCAGACUUCAGGCCAGCGCAUUGUGAAUAGAUUGAGAGGAAAUUUAUUCUCCUCUGUUCUAAAGCAAGAGGUUGCCUUUUUUGACAAGACCCGGACAGGAGAGCUGAUCAACCGCCUGUCCUCAGAUACAGCACUUUUGGGGCGCUCCUUAACUGAAAAUCUCUCCGAUGGGCUAAGGGCUGGAGCUCAGGCCUCAGUUGGUAUUGGAAUGAUGUUUUUUGUUUCUCCCAAUCUGGCUGCAUUUGUUUUGGGUGUGGUACCUCCUUUAUCUAUCCUAGCUAUAAUUUAUGGACGAUACCUACGAAAAUUAACCAAAAGGACUCAAGAUUCCCUUGCACAAGCCACACAGCUAGCUGAAGAACGGAUUGGAAAUAUAAGAACUGUCCGAGCUUUUGGAAAAGAACUGAAUGAAAUAGAGAAAUACACCAGCAAAGUGGAUCAUGUGAUGCAAUUAGCAAAGAAAGAGGCAUUUGCUCGGGCAGGCUUCUUUGGAGCAACAGGAUUUUCUGGGAAUCUGAUUGUACUUUCUGUCCUCUACAAAGGUGGAUUGCUGAUGGGCAGUGCCUACAUGACAGUAGGUGAACUCUCUUCCUUCCUAAUGUAUGCUUUCUGGGUUGGAAUAAGCAUUAGUGGCCUGAGUUCUUUCUAUUCAGAGCUAAUGAAAGGCCUAGGUGCUGCAGGACGCCUCUGGGAGCUCCUUGAGAGAAAGCCAGUACUCCCUUUUAAUGAGGGUAUUUUAUUAGAUGAAAAAAACUUCCAGGGUGCUCUAGAGUUCAAAGGAGUCAGUUUUGCUUAUCCAGCUCGCCCAGAGAUGAAGAUUUUCCAAGAUUUUAGUCUUUCAAUUCCAUCUGGAUCUAUUACAGCACUGGUUGGCCCAAGUGGUUCAGGGAAGUCCACAGUGGUAUCACUUUUAUUAAGGCUGUAUGAUCCUCUCUCUGGAACUAUUACUGUUGAUGGUUGGGACGUCCGUCAGUUAAAUCCGGUCUGGCUGAGAUCUAAGAUUGGAACAGUGAGUCAGGAGCCAAUUCUCUUCUCUUGCUCAAUUGCUGAAAACAUUGCUUAUGGGGCAGACAACCCUUCCCUGGUGACUCCUGAAGAGAUCCAGAAAGUUGCUGACAUAGCUAAUGCUGCUACUUUCAUCAACAGUUUUCCCCAAGGCUUCGAUACUGUGGUUGGGGAAAAGGGUGUUCUGCUUUCAGGUGGACAGAAACAACGUAUUGCAAUUGCUCGUGCUCUGCUGAAGGAUCCCAAAAUUCUUUUACUGGAUGAAGCAACAAGUGCACUGGAUGCUGAAAAUGAGUAUCUUGUACAAGAAGCUCUCGACCGAUUAAUGGAAGGAAGGACAGUGUUGAUUAUUGCCCAUCGCCUCUCUACCAUUAAAAAUGCUAACAUAGUUGCUGUUCUUGAUCAAGGGAAAAUCACUGAAUGUGGAAAACAUGAAGAACUUCUUUCAAAUCCAAAUGGUCUAUAUAGAAAAUUAAUGAAAAAGCAAAGUUUUAUGUCAGCAUACUGAAAAUGUACACUAUACAGUAAAUCUGUACCAGAGACUUUUUUUUUAAAGUAGCAAAUAAAAAAUACAACAAACUUGGAGGACAUGUAUAAAAUCUAUUAUUUAACCUUCAAGUUGUUUGAAAUAUAUAUAUUUUUGCAAAGUGGACAAAAUACCAUUUUGAAACUUAACUAUGUUCAAAAACUUUUUAUUCAGAGUUUUAAUAACUUGUAACUUUCUAAAUGUCUAAUCUACUGAAAUUAUUUUAAGGUUUUAUGUAAUUUCUUUGUCUUGGUAUAUACUAGAAUGUAGUGACCCAUCAUUUUCUUUUGCCUCUUGUUUUAUAUAUUGGAAAUAUUGUCAAAACGCAAUUUUUAAAAAAGGAAAUUAAAGUCCAGUUUAAUUUUUGUUUCAUUCCCUAAGCAAUGUUCUUCUUGCUUCAUGGCCCAAUUGCUUUCUUGGGAAAACUACAUAAAGUAAGAAUACAGUCCUUUUAAAAACAUAUACUUUAUUGAUUCUCUUUCUUUCCUUUUUAUAUAAAUGUUCAUUCUCAUUGUUUGCUUCUGGCCUCCAGUAGACCCCUUGUCUUAUAAGAAUGCACAUUUAAGCAAAACAAAUCAAUUCAUUGGCCAUGACUGAUAAAAUGUAUCUCAUUAUUAUUUUUUUUACUUAGAAUUUCCUCCACCUUUUUUUUUUUUUAAUUAAGAUGUCAAUGUCAGCCUUUGCAGAAGGCAGACAUCACUGUGAUUCCUUUGAAGUUGUGGAAAGUCUUUACAUCAGCCAGGAUUCUGAUGUCUUUCAGUAUUGUUUCCCUUUUUCAUUACUGUGGUCAUUAUAUUAACUGUAUGUGCUAAGCCUUAUCACCUAAUUUUAAGAACUGCAUAUAAAAUUAAAAAUUUUGAAUAGGUAAAGGGUAAGUUGAUAUUGAGCUACAUUUUUCUCCGAUUUGAAGGGUUUGUGAAUUUAUUUGGAAAUAUAUGGGACAGAACUGCAGAAGUGAUAUUUGUUGUUUCCAACUUUGCACUUGUACAUCUUGGAGAACUUCAAAAUAGGGAAUACUCUUUCUGUAUACUUUUACUUAAUAUGUAUAAAAGCUUUGGGAAACAAGAAAAGAACUUCCACCUAGCUGUCAGUUCUCCACUUGAUAUCAUGCAAUGAAUUUUACUUACAUAUAAGUUGAGGGCCUGGUGAAAUAACCUUAAAACUAGGUAGUUUCUCAGGCAAACCAAAAUGUUCAACUUUGUAUAUGGUAGUUAAAUUUCCUUGAAUUUAAAGGCUGAGACAUUAAGAUUUCCAAUUUUGAAAUAUUUUGGAGAUCUUUUAUUAUAAAUGUCUUUUAUAAGACAAAAACAGUCAUUACAAUUAAAAACUAAUCACUCUGUUGAAUGUAAAACUGAAAUGGCCUAUUUUUCUUUCUUUUAUGGCAGUAAUCUUAUAUCUCAAAUUCUUAAAAGCAAGGCUAAAAACCACAAGACUUAUUAUUUUCCAUAUCAGUAACAUAAAUUUUCAUGUUGCCUCAAAAGUUAUGCUUUUUGUACUCAUUUUAAGUUGGUGAUAAAUAGGAAGUUAUUUUUUAAAAUGAAAAAUUUCCUUCAUGGUAGUUCUUCAUUAAUUGGUUGUAUUAGAAGACUGUAUCUGUGUGUGAGAGAGUGAGUUUGUGGGUAAGCAAAAGAAAAAAAGCUUCAAAUACUACAUUUUAUUUCCACAUAAUGGAGUUUAUUAAUAAAUUGCCAUAUAUUCUGAAUCAACAAAAAAUGCAUCUGUGACAAUCACUUUAAUAAGAUUUGCCUGUAUUCAUUAUUUUUUAUGUGUCAUUACUGUUGUCCUGCAAAAGAAAAAAAAAUUAAAUACAGCCAAAAAGCUAAAUCCAUGAGAAAUCUCUUUAUGCCAUAGAGAUAUUUCCAAAUGUGAUCAUUAUAUUUUGUUUUCUAGCAUUGCCCUAUUCAGUUUUUUUUUCUAUAAACUUUUGUAUCAUGGAUUAAAAUUUGUAAGUAUUAA